AUGGACGCUGAGGAUCGGGCAGUGGACGAUGGGCGCCUUGAGCUCAGCAAUACCGAGGGAAAUGUCACUGGAACACCACCAAACACAGCGGACGAGGAGCGCCUUGAAUUCAACAGCACCGAGGGAAAUGUCACUGAAACACUACCAAACACUCGAUCCAAAUCAGGAGGAAACGGCGUGCCUGAUGUUGAAGAGUCUUCGUCCGAAUCCACGAACCCGCAUGAUGAGGCUGUGGGUGGCGAGGCUACUGAUGCUGGUCCGAAUGCCGAGUCGCCAGAAGAAGGCAAGGAAACCUGCUCCAGUGGAAACAGUGAAUGGCGGGACGAAGAACCGCCUAAGCUUCAGGUCAAUCAUGAGGCACUGAAGCAUAUUGCCACUUACUUCCUGCCCGGCAACCACGGGAAGUGCACUGAAGUUCUCACUCUUACGAAAGGAGCAUACCACGAGAUCCGCGAGCUGCUAUUCGAAGAUGGCUGGAGCUGCCUCGGUAGACUCACGCGCAACCGGAAAGAGGCGCUGGGCGUGCUUGAGAGUGAGACUGCUACUGUCGAUUAUGUUCGUCGGCAUACUACGAUCCCUGUGCCCGAGAUCUUCUUCGUCAAUUUCAACCCAGACCAUGUUGUCGGUGCCGCUUUUGUGCUUAUGGAAAAACUUCCCGGGCGGCACCUAUACAAGACUUGGGAAGAGCUGCGUCCUGCCCACAUGUACGCAGUCAUUGAGCAGAUCGCGGAUGUGAUGGCGCAGCUCUGCAAGACGAACUUCAACUCGAUUGGAUCACUGGACGUCAACGGCGAGAUCGGUCCACUCCAAAGCCUUACCUACUCACACGAAGAGCGCGGUCGAGGACCCUUCCAAAACACCACCGACUACAUGACGAGUUUUCUGCAUCCCGUUGAGCGACGAAGAGAGCCCAUCAUGCAACUCUACGAGCAGAUCGAGCCACUUCUGGUCAAUUUCAUGAACCAAAACGGCAACGAUCCCAUCCUACAGGCUCCCUAUCGGCUCACUCACGCAGACUUCGACGGGCAGAACAUGCUAUUCGAACAGCCCGAUCCUGAUCAGCCUCCACGACUCACCGGCAUCAUUGAUUGGGACCAAAGCCAUUCAGGCCCACUCUACUACCUGUGCAAUUACCCAAUCUUCAUCCGGGACUGUGACAUGCCGGUCUACCGUGAUCAGUACGUUCGAAACCUUUGUCUGAGACAGAGCUUGGUGUUCUACUUGUCUCGGCAUUUUCCUAGGGGCUCACAAGAGCGUCGCGAUGUUCAAGAGUGCUUUCGUCAGAAGAGCUACAGUCUGAAUGGGUUUGAAAAUAUCUUCAUGGGAGCACACUGGAGACCUGAACUGGAAUUGGGGGUGGUGGAGAGCUACGCAAAAUCUUACAAUCCAGAUCCGAAUUCGAGUCGGGAUUACUUCCCUUACGGGGGCAAGAUCGAUUGGGAACCAGACUCUGAGUUGGAAAGCGAAGGUGAGGACUCGGAAGAGAAUCCAGAAGAGGACCCAGUAGAGCACCGAGUAGAGCGAUCAGAACAUGGCCAAGAACAAGACGCAGAAAGGUAG